GGGCUAGGACCAGCAUGGCAUUUCACGGUACAUUCUACUGAACAUUAUGGAGGCCAAACAACAUUCGAUUAAAAGCUUGAAAAGCUAUCCGGAGGCGGGCGGCCGGAGUCUAGCAGCGGCUGCAGGUGGAGACGUUGGAACUGGCGGAGGAGGCUAUCGUGUCGUUACGGCAGAGAUGGAGAUGGACUCCAAAAUACAGAAAGCCAUUGACUUCAAAUUGGAGGGCCAUCGUUGUUACAAAGAGAAGAAAUUUAGGGAAGCUAUUGGAAAGUAUCACAGGGCUUUGCUGCAGUUGAAAGGAGUUCAUGUUGUCGAUGGGACCACGGGUUCCGAGGUCAGUCUGCUGAACCAAACCGCAGCCAAGCUAACAGAGGAACAGCGGAAAGCUGUGGAAAUCACGGAGAUCGAAUGCUAUGAUAGUCUGACAGCCUGUUUGCUGCAGUCAGAGUUGGUGAACUAUGAGCGGGUGAAGGAUUACUGUCUUAAGGUUCUAAGACAUCAGCAGGACCAUUUCAAGGCCAUGUAUCGUGCCGGUAUUGCCUUCUAUCACCUGGGCGAUUAUGAAUGUGCCCUACGUUACCUGCGUGAUGCCAAGUGCCGUGAGCCCACAGACACAAACGUCCUGCGGUACAUCCAGCUUACGGAGAUGAAGAUGAGCAAGUGUGGGCAAAGAGAGAGAGAGAGCGGCAAAGAGGUGCUGGGCUAACACCCCUGCGCUCCCUCUCCCUGCCAUCCUUUUUCCUAUCCAACCUUCCUCCUCCUCUCUGCUCCUUCAGCCCGUCAGGCAUCGGAGGCAUAGCUCCACUCGCAGCUGGACACUUUCAGGGCGCUGUCCCUUUACCCCCCUGUCCCCCUUAGAACAACCCUUCCCUAUGGAAACAAGGCUGUUUUGGUCCCUUUAAAAAGCCCAUUGUCCCGGUGCUUACAUUUGUUCCCCAGGUACAGACUGGUAAAAGAACAACAACCUAUCAACUACGACACUUAAAGCAAACAUAAAAAAAAAAUCAGAAGGGAAGUAGAAAACAGACAUAGUAACAAAUGCUAGAAUGGCACAGCGACUUAACAAGACAUUGAUAAUACGGGAUUUUGCAUCAUGUACCAAGGGGGUGUGUCAUACUUUUUUUUAAAGCCAAAAGACAUUGGCUGAGUUGGGACCGUAUGGGGGUUUCCUGCAUUAAGGCUUAGCUUUGGAUACGAGGGUUAUGUGCUGUAACACAUAUCAAGGCUUUAGUCCCCAAUAAGACAAGCUAGGAGUGACAUCAUACAUAGAGUAAUGUAUAGCGCUUGAUUGUUCCAGUGCCCCCUCACCCUGCUACUACAUGCUGUAAUGGUAAGAUUAAGCAUCGCUAUAGAUAGUAAUCUCUCCUUUUUAUCGGUCGUGGUAUUCAUCUGCCUGCCUUUGUUUUCCUCUCUCUCUCUGUCUUAUUUCAGACAUGAAUUAGAUCUCGGUUUCUCAACCUCUUUGUAUACAAGGGCUAAUUCAAAUACUUGUCAUUUUUAUUUCUCUGAUGUUUUAUCUCCACUUUUUUUUUUUUUGAGGGUUAGCAUCAUCUGAGUUACUGAUAGUGGUUGAAACAAGUGUAUGUCUUUUCUCUUCCUGUAAGGACAAAAAAAAAAACAGCUCAAGUACAGUCUCUGUUCUACUGUUAUCAGGUGUGUUUCGUGAACCAGUGUCUUGAAUUAGUUGUCCAUUUCUCCUAGAGUAUAUUGUUAGAGUGUUAAGCCUGUUGUCCCCUCUUGCUUUGAAUGGUAGUCCAGUCACAGGCAAGUCUUUCCAACCUGUUGAUGUUGAUGAAAUGAUGAGGGGCCACAACAACCUGCCUUUUUUUGCAGCUAGUAUGUACUCAAAGUACUCAUAGGAUAACCGUGUAUUUGAACUGGUAUGGAAGUCAGUUCACACAUCAAGUUGAAUCACUUUUACUCUCCUACAGAUAGGAAUGUAGUAAAACCUCUUUAGAAAUGAACACGGUUAUUGCGGUUAGAGUCAUAAAACAGCCAAGAAGAUCAUUCAUUUAAGGAGUCACUUUGCUUCGAUUUUGUAGAAAUAACUGUUUCUUUCAGUGACAUAUCACUCAUCAAAAUCAGGCUGUGAGGAGAACAGUUCAUAAGCAUGUUUUGCUUUGUGAGUGUGCAAUAUGUGAUGUGUGUUUAAGUUUCAGGCAUUCAUGUUAGGUUUGGGACUGGGAAUCUUACUCCUUUUGUCAAUCAUGUCCAUGAUAGGCAAAUUUGAAUGAUCCUGUCAGUGUCAUUUAAUCCCUGAUUUUUUUUUCUGGAUCCAGAAAAAUCUGAUUUCAAUUGUCUUGGUUGAUUCUAAAUGGAUGUCUCUCAGUUGGUGUUAUCCUACUGUUCCCUGCAUGUCUACAAACGUUAAUCUGGGCAUUUUGGAAUGGUAUGCAGUGCUAUUCAUUUCUUGUCCUUUGUAUCCAGUAGUAGUUGGGCUUAAGGGAUACGUUUAAUAUACAGCAGCAGUCUGUUUCAUUAAAAAAAAGAUAAGGUUCUGGAUCAACUUAUCUUUUUCUACUACAAGGCAGACAGUGAUUUAUGUCAGUGGGACUUUUGAUUUAAGCCAUUGAAAGAGGUAUGCUAUAGAAAGAUAAAGAAUCGGGGAAGCAAAGGGACUCCACCUGCAGCCCAGGUGUUUGUUGAUAGAUGUCAUAAAUCAAUAUGAAAUCACUGCAUUUCAAAAUAAGAGGCUAGUUAUGGUUCUCACUGGAGUGCUCUAAAGAAUCACAUGAACUGUUAUGUAAUUUGAAUUGGUUAGCUAGACUAAUGUAGACAGUGAUGUGGAUUUAGUUCUGUCUGUCUCUCCGUAAAAGAAGAAGACUGAGAGAAAGUUGUUUUGUAGUGAAGAAAUCAAAAAAAAAAUGUCCGUAGUAACGUCUCCUGCGCUUGCUCAUCUGGACUGUAUCUUCUAGGCCAAUGAAUAGGACAUGCCAUUGUGUUUGCGACUGCGGGUAUAGACUUCAAAACGAGAGCCACCCCAUUAAUCAAAGUGUGCAGCUCUGAUCAAAACAAAAGCACAAACAUAAGAAUAUUGACAAGGAAGUGAUCUCUUUUUUCUUUAAUGUCAUUUAAGAUGUAUGUCUGUCAACGGUCAAAGUAGAAUUGUGUGGUUUUGAGAAUUGUAAAGCAAAAAAAAUGGAAAUAUUAAUGGUUGUAGAAAGCUUUACUUUUAUUAUUGUAAUGAUAUGUCUAAGCAAGGGAGUACAAUUCAGAUUUGAGGUGAGAACCUCUGUGACAGUAAUAGAGAUAAACUAUGUGUGUGUAUGUGAGUGAGUGUGUGUGUUGAGUCAUUUUAAAAUUUAUUUUUGAAUAUCUGUAAACUGCUCAGAGGGUUUAGGUUGGUCUCUAACCUCUACUGGAGAUGGCCUGUAAGUGUCCUGUAUGAGAGAGAUGGGAGGAGGCAAAGAGAAUAGCGGACAUCAUUUAAAACUUUUUUUGCAUUUACUUUCUACAUGUUUAUGGGACUCCAUAUGGAAAUUACCCAGUGGUGGUAAGGUUGUCAUCUUGGAUCAUGCAUCUGUCCUAAGAGAGAACAUAUCGUUGGAUAUUUUAAAAUGAAAUAUAUGAAGACAUUAAAACUGGUUGUACGGAACUGCUAGUCCAGGAAUGCACUACUGAUUGGUAUUUGAAAAAGAUAAAUAAAGUUUAAAAGACAAAACCCUAGGUGUAA